AUGAGCUUGCUCGCCAGUGCGAGCUUGUACAGAGCCUCGGCCGGUCAGAUCGGCAUACGCUGGACCGUACACUUCUCGCCUGCCGCCCCCGAUGAGCUAGCCCGAUCGAGAGCGACUGCAGCACGCAAGGCGCAACGACAGAGCAGGCAGUUUGGCUUCAGGGCCGGCCCGGUCUGUCGAGAUCAUUAUCAGACACUUGGCAUUCCCCGGAGUGCGUCGAAGAGUCAGAUCAAAGCACAGUUCUACAAGCUUGCCAAGGCUGCCCAUCCGGACACAGGAGCCCAAUCGAGCGCAGAUCGGUUCAAGAACAUCUCUGCAGCUUACGCCAUCCUUGGCGAUAAUGCAGCUCGGAGCAAGUACGAUCAGACCCUGGACUCACCCGGCGCACAUACCCGCCAGGGAAGCAGCUAUGCGCCCGGCACGUCCUCCGACUGGCAAGCGCACGAUCCUUCUGCAAACAUGGCCAGACGAGCCAGGGCGAACUAUGCCUGGCAGCACCCUUCGAGGCAGAGGAACCAGGCGGGCGAGUCAAGCUACACGCGACGGGAUCCCUUUGCGAGCAACCCGGGUGCAUUCAACGAUGCAGCAUCACAUCAGGCCCACUGGGCUCGCAUGGCAGCCCAAGAAGCUCGUCGACAAGCUGCUGCAGACCAUCAUGCUACCAUGGGCGGCAGACAGCGCGCACAACGGCACUAUGGCAUGAGCCACGAGAAAGCCGAGGAAGAGCAGCGCUUGCUCAAUGACUCCGGUCUCUGGCGGUACCUCCAGGUCGUCGCUAUCUUCGUCAUCGUCGGCUUUGCAGGUUCUGGCUUCAAGGUGGCCAGCUCGGAUGCUGUGGACGGCUGGCAGCCUGUGCGAGAAACGCGACGGCGUGCUUGCCCGUCCGGGGUAGAUCGACCGCAGACUGUAGACUCAGACUAG